UUGUUCAAAUGUGCACGCCAACACGCUGCAAUGCUAACCAAAGAAUUUGCACAUACACGUAGAUGAAAGAUUAAAAAGGAGGAAGGAAACGUAUAACAAAAUGGUGAAAGAUAGGCUCGCUUCCUGAUCUACUAAAAGGGGUAGCUGUUUGACGUGGCGUAUAUGCUCAUUAGCUGAACCCAAGAAGCGGAAACGUCUGCAUCUUCUAGCAUCAUCUGAGUCGACAUGGAAGAGAACGUGAUGGAAAACAUCUUCCUGCUGGUUCUGGUCACCUUGCUGAGUGUUCUUCAGAAUGCGUUCUUUGCGCAGAAGGUGGAGAAGGAAUGCAAAGCGGAUAAGACAAAGACUGCGGCUUUCGAUCGGGUGUACUGUGCGAGUCGAAACUGCAUGGAUGCCUACCCUACCUUCAUUGCUGUGAUGUGGUGUGCUGGGAUAUGUUUAAGCCAAGCGCCCGCUGCGUUUGCUGGACUGGUGUACCUGGGGGCGAGACAGAAGUACUUUGUGGGGUACAUGGGCCAGACGUCUCAGAGCACACCUGGCUUCCUCUUCGGCAAGCGAAUCCUCUCCUUCCUCUUCCUCAUGUCCAUCGUGGGCGUCGUCAGCUACUUCCUUAGCCACUACCUGGCCACCGACUACAAGGAGUACAUCCAGACCGUCACGAAGGCGGCGUCCGCACUGCUCCUCCUGCCCUGAAGGGGGCGACAGCCAGGCAAGCGCUGCACACCACAGCCGGAGUGGGCCUUCGCACCAGCAGCCCGCUAAAAAUUUUUAAUGAGCCAAGAGCAGUCUUAUUUCACCAGCAAGCCUUCCCCCUCUUUGUAAUUUCCGUGCACCCUGAACUUGCUUUUCACGAUAAAAGAAGUGAAGACAAAGUUUUAAUAAAAAGGCAUGUUUAUUUAGAAAAAUGCCAACUUGAACAGUGCUUCAGAAGAAGACCAGUAGAUAAAUCCUAACAUCCAUACAAGUAACAUGUAAAUUGCUCUGUGGCAUACUUUGGAUCUUGUUGAAAUACACCAUGACAAUCAAAUUAAUAAAAAAAUGUAUACAUUGAACCAAACAUUUUGAACAAUAAAAAAAAAGAAUUAAGA